AUGCUCAUGCCAUAUUCCUUUAAAAAAGGUUUUUUUUUUUCUGCAUUAUUGUUUUGCAAACAGGGGGGCCUUUUAGAAAUGUAUUAUCUGCGCUCGCUUUUUUUUACACCCGAAGAAGUCUUUUCGCGGGAGCAUGUGCGGAAUGAAAUUGCCCGCGAAAAACUCUCAAGGGCGAAGUUGCAGCGUAAGAGCGAAGAGGAGACCCACAUGGCAGAGAUGGAACGGCUGGAUAAUGAGCUGCGGGAAAAACGUGAAUUGUUUGCGGCCGCCGCAAAGCCUCUGUUGGAGGAGUUCGAUGACGUCUCGCUAGCGCAGCACUACUACCAGGAGAUAUCGAAUAUUGUGACGAGCCACCUGCAUAUUGUGUCACAGCUGGCCGAUCGUGAGUUCAGCGAAUUUGGCUACGUAAGCAAGAAGCUGAUUUCCGUUAGUCUCAAUCUUGCGGCGUUAAAAUGUUGCAUGAUGGGCGGCGUGCCCUUUGAACGAGAGUUGAAUACCCUCUUGAAGGAUGCGGAUAGCAGCGAUUUGUCAAUUGUUGCCACGCCAUUGUGCCAUGUGCGGAGCAUUCCACCUGCAGCGAAUGUUCGUGCUACUGCCUUUGAUCUUGCACGGGCCAUUGAGGAGGUAGGCAAAGAUGGCCCAACGCGGGAACCUGUUCGAGGUUGGUUGGAUCUCUUUAAGUUCCGCACGUCAUUUAGCCCCACGAUGCUAGAGACUCGGCAGGUUGAAGCACGGCGAGCGGCGAAGCAGUUUCUUUCUCACAUUGAGCGCGGUGAGCACGACAAGGCGUUAGUUCUUGCGGAGGACGCGUACGUCAAGGUGGGCCACGAAGUGAGCGCCGCGAACGCGGUGCUUCUGGAGAGUGCUUUUGGGGCGUUUAGGGAUACUGUGCUACCGGUGAUUGCUUCCGACGUCUUCUUGCGAUACGCUCGAGCUUCGCUUGACGCGUCUCGGUUUGCCUGCGUUGAGAAGAUGUUGAAGGAAUGA